AUGAAUGGCGAAUCCUCAACCCCUCCACCGGCCCCAACGCCCGCGUCUACAAAAGCUGACAGGAAAGACCCCCCGCUCUGCGUCUGUAUCAGUGUGGCACAGGCUUCCGACCCAAUGGAAUAUGGAGGGUCCCUCACAAGAUAUCUCCCUGUGGAAGAGGUCAAAGCAAGGGUCACAGACGCCCUACAAAAGAAUACACCAACCAAAGAAGUCAAGAUCAUCAGGGUAGGAAUCACAAAAACAGGGUACAUCAUCCGCUUCCGGGAUGAAGCCUCCAAAGACACUGCCAGUGUGAACAAGGGGUGGCUCUGGAACCUGGGAAACCAAACAAAGCUGGUCAGACCCAGAUUUGGUGUGGUAGUACACCGAACGCCCACACAUGAAGUCAACACCAAGGACAAACCAAAAAGCAUGAAGAAGAUAUUGUGGCGGACAAAUAACCAAAAUAUCCACGUAUCUCUAGAAUCAUUCAAAUAUCAUCCAAUUCAUUCAAAUACGCACCUUUAUCAUCAAAUCUGCACCUUUAUCAUCAAAUCUGCCAAUAUGCCCCGCAACACCCACCGUUCUACUGCCUCGCAAGCUCGUAAAAGGACUCCAACUACCCUGCGCCUUCGUCUGUCCAAACCACCUGUUCCGGAUGUUCCGGAUAAUGACGAGAAUCCAACUGAUGAUGAGAAGGAGGAUAAGGAGGAGGAGGAGGAGGAGGAGACACAGUCAGAAGAUCCUCGAUUUCUGCGAACACCUACCCCUGAGCCUGAGAUCUCAUUCAGGCUGAAUGGGAGGCAUGGGAGGACUGAAUUCAAACUUGUCAUCGAAUUCAAACUUGCCAUCAAAUUCAAACUUGCCAUCGAAUCCGAACCUGCCAUCGAAUCCAAACCUGCCAUCGAAUCCGAACCUGCCAUCGAAUCCAAACCUGCCAUCGAAUCCGAACCUGCCUCCUAUUCGAAGUAG